GGAAUUUACCAGUUUGAACUGGAUGCAAAAUGUAAGGCAAUUCAGGACAACAUUUUGUCAUCAUCGAUCAAGAAGAAAAGGUUUCCAGAAGAUUAUUAUCUUCACAUAGUCAAAAAACUGAAGAACUGCACCUGGAUGAGGAGACCAGAAGAAUCAGCAGAUUUCAGGUCAGAGUUAGCUUCCUGCUGUAAUGCAGUUCACAAUUUUAUUGCUUCUCAAAACAACACCCCACUGGGAAGUAACAUGAGUUAUGAAGUGGACAGUAAAAAGACCAUCCUCAUUACAGAAGACAUUUUUAGAAUGCUGCCUGUGUCCUCUCCUCUUUCAGUUUAUCCCUUCAAGAACUGUGCUGUGGUUGGAAAUGGAGGCAUUCUGAAAAAUUCCAGCUGUGGAGCUGAAAUCGAUCGUUCUGAUUUUGUGUUUAGGUGUAACCUCCCUCCAACAAUGGGAAGCAUUAGCAAAGAUGUUGGCAAUAAAACAAAUCUUGUGACGGUUAAUCCAAGUAUCAUAGCUCAGAAAUACAACAAACUAAAUGAAAAGAAGACAGAAUUUGUGGAGAAUGUUGCAGUCUAUGGAGAUGCUUUCCUUUUAUUGCCAGCAUUUUCCUUCAGAAGCAACACAGCUACUUCUUUUAAAGUCUAUCAUACUCUGCAAGAGUUCAAAGCAACCCAAAGGGCAAUAUUUUUUCACCCCACCUAUCUGAAAAGUCUUGCCCAGUUCUGGAGAACUAAGGGUGUGAAAGCCUACCGGUUGUCAUCUGGUUUUAUGAUCACUAGUGCUGCUGUUGAGCUGUGUGAGAAUGUGAAGCUUUACGGCUUCUGGCCUUUCUCAAAAUCCACAGAGAAGAUGCCAAUCAGCCACCACUAUUACGACAACCAGCUGCCCAAACCAGGUUUCCAUGCAAUGCCCAAAGAAUACAACCAGAUCCUUCAGCUUCAUGGUAAAGGCAUUUUGAAGCUGCAGUUCGGUAAAUGUGAAUCAGACUAAAAAGGGUGAUCAUCCAAAGGAGACAAUUUGUGUAUAUCUUAGCACCUCGAUGUUGGAUUUGAUCUGAUGUGAUUUUGUGAGCAUUAAACUGCAUUAUUACAAUAGAUAAAUAUUUGACAUCUGGGGGGAAAAGGAAGGGAUUUUUCACACAUUGACUGCUACAUUUCCAAUUCUUAAGUAUUCAUUUUUUUUAAUACAAAAUAACAUUUAUGUGUAAAUUCUGAAAAUUCUGACUGUGGUUUUAAUUGUAGCAAAGCACAAUCUCAGAAUGGUGGCAAUAUAUAACAUUCAUAAUGUUUUUCUUCUUAAAGUAUCAUUAAAUUAUUUUGAUGUAAGGUCUCUGGUUUAAUCAAUAUCAUGGAACACGGGCAAUAGUCACUGUAUGGUAGCUGCCCAAGUUGGUAGUGAAUGCUUUGAAUUAAGAACUCAGUCACACAUAUAGUGUUUUUCUGUCUGAGAAAGGCGAUGAGAAGAUCUACAGUGGAGUUGUUAAUUCAGAACUAAGUCAUUCUGAGUUUGUCCCAGGGUGCACAAAUGAAAAAAAAAUCCCUCAGGUUAGAGAUAGUCAAGUAGUUCAUGUGCUUUAAUUUUGUGGCCAGUGAGUAAUGCUGAAAUGGAUGUAAUGGGAUCCGUCCUGUGAAUUAUGUUAGUUUUGUGAAGAAGUGUUUGACAAACCAGAGCUGUAAUUACCAGAGUUAUAAAACCAGAGUAUAAUUAUUUUUAAAACCCUCUUCUUGCUUGUAUUCCUGUCUAAGGUCCACAGUUCAGCUCCAAGUGAGGACAAUCAACUAGCUUUCAUCCUGCACUCCCUGGAGUCCUGGUAGGGCAUGACUUUGCACACAUUCCUGCAAUCCCAGAUCCAUAUCUGUGCUGAAUACGUUUUUGUAGAUUUACCUUUCUAAAGAAGACUAACACACCACCUUUGUUGGUUUAGCUCAAGAAAUACAAGCAAGGAGACUGGUAAAUGGUGAGGUUUUUACAUGGAACUACUGCUAAGGGAUGCCAAGUGCAUGUUUUCUUCUUUUUCAGAGGUGUGUCAAAAUGUAAUUUCCACAGUAGCUGCUUUUUCUUUUUUUGUUCUUUCCCAGAAGUUUCGUUGUCUGUCAGAGUUGCAGUGUUUGCGUUCAUUUCUGUUCCGAUCUCUUCAAUGCCAUUGUCCAAGCAGAGCUUACCCAGCUUGGAGCUGGUAUCGUGUUCCUCAAGCACCAAACUGUGUGAAGCUGCUAGCAGAGGCUCUGCAGCUGCUGUUUCCAAAAAGCUGCUGUCUCUAAAAUUCUCUCAGUGCUGAAUUUAUUAAUGUUUUCAGAUGUGAACUUGAUAUUGUCUGUUUGCACAUGAGUAGUGUGCGUGCAGCCUAACAUAGAAGUGUCUCUACGCAGGAUUUAGGAGGAGGCAUAGAAAGCCCCUCAAACGUGUGUGUGCUUUUAUUACAGAAAACCAAGAUAAAGUUGUAUUGUUGAGACAUCUGUUAGCUGGUUUAUGUUAUGCUUUGUUUUCAUGUUUUAAGUGCCUAAUGAUUUUUUUUGUCAAGGAGGCAAUGGUUUCACUGGUAUAAUGUGUACUUGGAAUUCUGCACUUGUUACUUGCUCUGUAAUAGAAUAUUUUUGCAGUUUCUGUUUGGGAAUAAAGACUUAUUAGGCAUAA